AUGAAUAAGUUGGGAGCUUUUCUUGUUAUGGAGCAAUUCGGCCUCGCGGCAGCGCACUCGGGGGCGAUCAACCACCUCCACGCCAUCCACGUGGGGCCCGCCGUCGUGGACAUUGUCAGGGAGAUCCGGCUGGCCGUCACCGUUGUCGUCGUUGGCUGGGUCGCGGUCACUGGAAUAAGGACGUUUUUCAACCGGAGAUAA